AUUGCGGAUCCCACAGCACUCAUUCCGUCUCCGAGCUGUGCACAGCAACAUGGCCGACAAGGAGGAGGUGAAGUAUUACACACUCAAAGAAGUGGAGCAACACAACAGCUUCGUUAGCAAUUGGAUCAUCAUUCAUCACAACGUAUACGACGUGACCAAGUUUCUCGAGGAGCAUCCGGGUGGUGAAGAAGUACUUAGAGAGCAAGGAGGAGGUGAUGCUACAGAAGCCUUUGAAGAUGUUGGACAUUCCACAGAUGCACAAGAGCUACGCAAACAAUAUAUAAUAGGAGAGGUUCAUCCUGACGACAGGGCUGCUCUUAGAAAGCAAGAGGUUACAUCGGUUACCAUCUUGGACUCUCAAGCAAGUUGGGCAAAUUGGAUAAUCCCAGCAAUAGCGGGCAUCAUUGUGGUCCUAAUGUAUCGGUAUUACGUAGCACAACAGUGAGUGCUGCAUGUAGAAGACCUUCAGGGGAGUAACCUUUUGUAUAAUUUCAUACUAAUUGCAAUCUUACAAUCCAGUGAUGAAAUCCUGAUGCUUAUCCAGACUUUAAAGGGUUGGGCAAAAGAAAUUCCUCUUACUGCUAACCAAAGUGAUUUUGACAUUGUGCAAGUGCUGUCGAACACAAUGCAUUUAGCAAUCAGAGGAAUUCCAGCCCUUAUAUUUCUAAAGAUUAAUAUGGCAAAUUUUUUUGUAUUCAACUUGUAUAUUUUACCAACUGUAAUUGUCAGCUUUUAUUACUGUAAAUUUAAUAUUUGAAUGUUUGAGAAAUUACACUAGCUUAUUGUCAUGAUUUGUUAUCCUGAAAAGCUACAUUAUAAUAUUGUAGGCAUGAGCCAUUGAGCAAGUCAGAAAUUCUCACUUUACACACAUAUAUAUAAUUAUAUAUAUAUAUAUGUAUAUACCUAUUUUCUACAGUUAAUUAAAUUCUAAGAAGUC